GCUCGUGAUCCUGGUCUAUGAUGUGAGCAGGUUGCAUGACGCCAGACCUGCUCAAGUUAGACACUGUAGUAGUGAUCAGAUAUAUAGAUAUUUAUAUCGUGCCGUUUCACUAACCCCUGUCUGUCUGCGCCUCAGCUGGGGAACAAUAGGGCAUAUCAAUUCCUCCGUUCCCGAGUUGUCAGAUUCGUCGUUGUGAGCAGGCUGCAUAAAACCGCCUUAGCCGGUCCGAAGAAACUGGCAUCGUUCAUCACCAAUUUCAUCAUCACCGCAAUUCCAACGUCCGCUAGAAUCAUGAUUAGUACCUAUCAGCCUGCAAAUUCAACAGCGCCACGCGUCCAACUCGCGUCGAUGCCACAAUUGGCUGAGGCGAUAAGCAGGGAAGACGACUGGACCGGGACCAAGGAUGCCGCAGCACGCAGACGGGCACAGACUAGACUCAACACAAGGGCAUACCGAAAACGCAAAGCUCUAGCAAAGAAGGCCGAAGCAUCCAGUGCCGCAACUGGGACGCUGGUCAAAUUAGAAGCGCUAGUGGAAUGCUGGGACGUUGAGCAGCAAUCCCUCUCCGUCGUCCCAGCAUCCCGUGUCAAGCAAUUAUACAAUGCGAGAAAUCCCUUGCUGCCAGAUAAACCCAGAAAAGAGCAGUUCAGCAUCGUCUUCCCCCUCUGUCCAGACCACCUCAUCACGCUCCUCCAAUUCAACGCCCUCCGCGCUCUGGCCGUCAACCGCACUCUGAUCUCGGGCAUCCUCGUCACGCCGCUCGACUGCGACGAGGAAGUGACCCACGUCAUCCCCUACCCUGCCAAGCCCGAACUGCUCCCUUCGACACUCCUGCCCACCACCCUCCAGCAGACGGUGCCGCACGGCGACUGGAUCGACCUGUUCCCGUGUCCCGAGGGACGAGACCGCCUGAUCCGGGCCGCCGGCACCUUCGACGAGGACGAGCUGUGGGCCGACUGCAUCGGCGGGCUGUACGAGGGCUUCCCCGACGAUGAGAUCGAGCGGCGCGGCAUCAUUGCGUGGUCGCCGCCCUGGGACAUCACCGGGUGGGAGAUGUCGGAGGGGUUUCUGAGGAAAUGGGGGUGGCUGUUUAAAGGGCUGCCCGGGGCGUUAGAGGCGACGAAUCGGUGGCGGAGGGAGAGAUGCGAGGAGCCGUUUGUUCAUGAUGACUGCACGUCGCAGGCAACUGUGUGACCUUUGUGUUUCCCGGCCGCUUCUUCAGGGGAUGGAUGACGGCUUGUCAGGCAGGAAGUCGUUGCUGCGGAAAAUCGAGCGUCCGACUGCCUAUUUCUAAACAUCAAGAUUCCGCGGGAUAAAAAAUCAUGUUACGUAGAUCGGGAGAGCUACGUAAGCACUGAGAUUGCUCUGCUGUGGGAGCAAUAGAAGAUGGGAUGAAGACGUUGAAUUAACU